CGGCUAUAGGGUGUCAAAGUAAGGAAAAUGCGAAAAUGAAGUGAUGGCGAACAUUAAUAUAAAAAUUCAAGAGUUAACUUAAACCAGUGUAAACAGCUGUGCAAACCAUACAAAUAUCACAGCUUGUUGCAGUCUGAACGCCAACUGAGGUAUCUGUUUCCGAAGAUUGUCGUGGCCGACGGCGGUGAGAAGUUCACGGUGGACGAGUCGCUUCUACAGCGCCAUGCCGCACUCGUCAUGGACGGCAUUGAAUUUGCUGUCAACUGUGUGGAUGAUCUACCCAAACUCAACAAGUUCCUGCUGAUGCUGGGCAAGCACCACCAGCAGUAUGGGGUUCCAAUUAAAGUGUUGGAGAAAUUGUGGUCAUCCUUGGACUAUUCAUUCGAUAAACAUUUACAACCAGAAACCUAUAACAGAGACGCUAGGAAAGCGUGGACGAGUUUCUUUUCUCAUAUUAUCAGUGUGAUGAAAACUGCAAUGAAUAAUACGGUGUAAAAUUAGCAUACACACACGAACAUUAAUAGAUCAAGCAGGAGAUUAUAAGAG